CAUUCAUUACGCACACACUUUACUAGCGAGACUGUGCUUCUCUCGUCUCUCAGGGAGCAGAGCAGAGUAGCGGGGGCAGUCGUCUCAGAAACGGAAAAUCAGUACUGAGUCUAAUGCCCUUUCUUCUCGUCUUCAUGUGAAGCCAGCGAGUCCACCUCUCCACAUCGCUCCCGCUCUCUCUCUUUGAGGUGUCACUACAGCCAUAGAAGAUGGUGUUGAAGGCAAAGUGAUGCCAUGGAUCACCAAGAAUCAGCCACACAGACAGAAAGCUGUUUAACAUCCUUCACAAACAUUUCAACAGCCAGGCAUUCUGCUGAUUUGCAAUUCUCAGUAGCAGCAUCCAACUUCUUGCGGGCCCUUUUUGAUGAAUAUUGUCACAGCUGUGAAUGGGGAUACUGGUGUGGUUGAGUCGCAGGAGAGUUGAAAGCUAUGGUUCAGGCCCAUAAAGAACAGCAAACAGGUCAAAUCAGGUAAAUUAGCAGCAGAGGAAAUAUUGGGAGACGGACGACAUGUGGCCGAGAUCUUAAGUCAUACUUGACCAUGGAGACAUUGAGAUUAGAUGGUAUGCACCUUCAUAAAUGAAAGCACCCAGUCUGAGUGAACAUAUGUAAUAACAUGAUAUGUGAGCCUUAGGCUUCUAAUAUAAAUGCCGUCUUUGCAAUAAACCUCUCAUCGAAGUUAAAACUGAACAAAACACGUGACAAUGGUUCACAUAAAGCUCCAGCAAUGACGUCAUAAGAUUGUCUCCUGUGAAGCACCAGCGAUAAUGUUGUCACAUGUGAUGCUGGGUGUCAUCCUGUCCCUCCUCAUACUUCUGACUGUCGGUGGUAAUGUGCUGGUGUGCCUGGCUGUCUGCGCCUCUCGACGCCUCCGCUGCCUCACCAACUGUUUCAUCGUGUCGCUGGCUGUGACAGACUUGCUGCUCGGCCUCUUGGUACUCCCUUUCUCCGCCCUCCACCAGCUCACCAACGACUGGCCGCUCGGCCCGAUCUUCUGCAACUUCUACAUCUCCAUGGAUGUCAUGCUGUGCACCGCCUCCAUCCUCACCCUCCUGGCCAUCAGUGUGGACCGCUACCUGGCAGUGACCAUGCCUCUGAGAUACGCCUCACUGGUGUUGCCAUGGAGAGUUGCUGUGGCCAUGGCCGGUGUUUGGACCGUGUCUGUGGCCGUGUCGUUCUUGCCCAUCCAAAUGGGGUGGAACACUGUUAAUGGCACAGUGCAGAACCAGGGGCCUUGGGCUCCAGAGAGAAAAUGUCGUUUUGAGCUGAACAGACCCUAUGUACUGACAGACUCUCUUCUCACCUUUUACCUGCCUCUAGUGGCUAUGUGCUGGACCUACCUCCGAAUACUUCGCAUUGCACGAGCACAGGCCAAACGUAUCAUCAGUGCCCGGCCCACUUGCAUCACCAGCUACGACUGCAGAAACAAUCCUUCCACCACUACUACUGUGGUUUCCAGUGUAACAGCAGUGGCUCUGCGGGAGCACAAAGCCACAGUGACACUGGCAGCAGUGAUAGGGGCGUUUGUGGUGUGCUGGCUGCCGUAUUUCAUCCUGUUCACGGUGUUGGGCCUGAAGGAGCACCCAGACCCAAGCACAGUACCAGCAUUUCCCAUUGUGUUGUGGCUGGGUUAUGCUAACUCGGCUCUCAACCCUAUCCUCUAUGGAGCCCUCAACAGGGACUUCAGGUCAGCCUACAACCAUCUACUGAGAUGUCGUUGCCCUACCUACAGUGGGUGGAGGAGCCGGCAGCCGUCUCCCACUUUGACAUCAGCCAGAGACCAUCUUACAGAGGUGACACUGCUGUGUGGACACACCCCUGCCACCUGCAGGGCCGGUUUAACAGAGCCAAUCUUAAUGCUUCAAGAAAUGAACAGUGGGACAGCCACAGCAACUAUCCAAUUUGCAAAUGGCACUGCUGCCACAGAUGUCAAUGGCAAUGAAAGGUCGUGCUGAGCCCGUGCUGGUGAGGUGGGUGCUGUGUUCACUAUACUGCGGUUGCAACCAAGAGCCAGGAUCCAUCAGCCUAAGAAGAAAGAGCAACAGAUAGGCUAAAAGAUGGACAGAGAUUUACAGUUCUAUUUGGAAGCCUUCAGUGCCACAGUAGAAGCACCCAUAACACACCACCAACUUCUUUAUCCAUCAUUCAACAAACAAAAAUGGGAGAAAAUGGGACCUUAGCAACUCCACACCUCAUCAGCAAGCACAAACUGUACGCGCACAGCCGGCCUCGACACGUGCAGGACCAAACAAACGAUGAUGCUUCUACGUGGAUGGAGCUAACGAAAUCCUUCCACUGCAUCCCACCAUCACACAGGGCAACACGGGGCCCUGAUACGGUCCCGAUCUAACUCUGGAUAAUACUGAAGCUCUGGAGGACUGAAUGAGAUCAGCACAUUAACUUAUUGUUCAUCAAUUUAAUGAACUACAUCAUUUAUGCUGACUCAAGAGUGCACUCCAGUGGAAACACAAAGUAUCACAACAUGAACCUGGGCAAAGUAAAUGGAAAUAAAUGUUUCACAAAAUCAGAGAGCGGAAGAGAAAACGUGAUAAAUGGACUAUUAAUAAACGUACCACUAAAUGUAGAAUGUGUUGAAAUAUAUAACAUUUGAAUGUGGUGCAUGUAAACCAAUGUUAUGUGUCUAUUUCGAAGAAUGCAUAUCGUGUUUUUAGUGUUGCUUAUUCAGUGGCAUAAAGCUGCCAGUUGUAUGUAUUGUAUCAUACUGUAAAAGUAACUAAGGACUGACAAAAUGGCAUCUUCUGCUCCACCAAAAUACAAAAUUACAACCAUACUGUACCAAUA